AUGGCCCUCUCCCUCUUCCUCCACGCCAUGGCUCUGUGGCUCCUCGUCUCAGUAGCAGGAGCCCCGGGCAUGUCAAGCGACAUGGAGGCACUGCUCGCGUUCAAAGCUCAGGUCACCGACCCGCUAGGCGUUCUGCGCGGCAACUGGACGGCCAACACGUCCCUCUGCAACUGGGUGGGCGUGUCGUGCGGCCGGCGCCACCCAGAGCGCGCCGUCAUCCUCGCCCUACCCGGCAUGCACCUCCAGGGCACCAUCUCCCUCGCGGUUGGGAACCUCUCCUUCCUUGCCCUUGUCAACCUCAGCGACGCCGGCCUCACUGGCCCCGUCCCGGCUAGCCUCGGCCAGCUGACUCGCUUAAGACAGCUUGAUCUCUCGGACAACCGUCUGUCAGGUAAUAUCCCCCCCACACUUGGCAACAUCAGUAGGCUGGAAUCCCUUGAUCUUUCUAGAAACAACAUAACAGGAGGGAUUCCCCGUGAGCUGCAAAAUCUGCGCAACCUCCAGCGCAUGAGUUUGCGGUACAAUGAACUGAGCGGUCCCAUACCAGAGAGCCUGUUCAAUAACACCACUCAACUGCACUAUCUGAACCUGGUGUACAACAGCUUGUCAGGAGCCAUCCCUGAGAGCAUCGCCUUCUUGCCCAAGCUCACGGUCCUUGGCUUGGGGGAUAACAUGCUCUCUGGUCCCAUGCCUCCUGCCAUGUUCAACAUGUCCAUGCUCCAAUAUCUGACCACUGCCGUGAACAAUCUGUCCGGAACCAUCCCUGGCAAUGAGAGCUUUAGUCUCCCCACGCUGAAAUAUAUCUCCAUAUCUAGGAACGGCUUCUCUGGGCCGAUUCCUGCAGGGCUUGAAAAAAGCCAGUACCUCAGCACACUCUCCUUGUCUUACAAUUACUUCAGUGGUACGGUACCUGCAUGGAUAGGAUCACUAAGGCAGCUUGAUACAAUUGCGUUAGGUAUUAAUCCUCUUGUGGGUAAUAUCCCAGUAGAACUGAGUAAUAUCACAGGAUUGCGUAUGUUGGACUUCAGUGAUUGUAUGCUUGAGGGGGAUAUACCGUCAGAGUUGGGGAGAUUGACGAACCUCCAGUGGUUAAAUCUAGGAAUCAAUCGCUUCACUGGCCAAAUCCCUGCAUCCCUUGGCAACAUGUCAAUCAUGACCGUGAUAGACAUGUCAGAAAAUAAUUUGACUGGAACGGUCCCGAUGACAAUGGGGAACAUGAGGAAUCUCCAAUACUUUGUCAUUGCAGGGAACUUGCUAGAUGGCAAUCUUGACUAUCUGAGGGCUCUAUGCGAAUGCAGGACCCUCCAGCGCCUUACAAUAUGCACAAAUUCCUUCACUGGACACCUCCCAGCAUGUCUGGGAAAUCUCACCGCACUGCAGUUUUUCUUUGCCUAUGAGAACCAAAUAGCCGGAGGUAUGCCUACCACAUUGACAAAUUUAAGCAACCUCUUUGUGAUAGAUAUCCACCAAAACCAGAUAACUGGCACUAUCCCAAUAUCUCUGACAAAUAUGAAGAACCUCCAGAAGCUUGAUGCAUCUGUAAACAGAAUGUUUGGCAGCAUACCAACAGACAUUGGUAGGCUAAGUAGCCUACAACAACUGAGCCUCGAUAGCAACAACUUCUCUGGCCAAAUACCAGACAGUGUAGGCAAUCUAAGCCAGCAACUGCGAACCUUCACUCUAUCACUCAACAUGCUCUCAUCAACAAUACCAGAAAGUUUAUGGAGCAAUAAGAAUCUUCUACAGCUCGACCUUUCCCACAAUUCUUUUGACGGACAUCUGUCAGUUGAUGUUGGAAGUUUAACGGCGAUCAUCCUAAUGAAUCUUUCAGACAACCAUUUGUCAGGUAGCUUGCCGGUUUCCCUUGGACAGCUCCAAGAACUAGCUCUCCUCAAUCUUUCAAACAACGCAUUUCAAGAUGUAGUUCCAGACACAUUUGGCAAGUUGAUCAGCCUUAAUGCCCUUGACCUCUCCUACAACAACCUGUCUGGUCCCAUCCCCAGAUCCCUGGCUAAUCUAACCUACCUCACCAGCUUAAACCUUUCUUUCAACAAAUUUAAUGGCCGGAUACCAGAUGGUGGGAUCUUCUCAAACAUAACACUUCAAUCUUUGAUGGGAAACACUGCACUUUGUGGGCUUCCACGUCUGGGAUUUCUGCCCUGCCCAAAUAACAACCAAAAGUCCCACUCAUCAAAAUCGUGGCUACUGAAGUUUCUGCUCCCACUAGCUUUGGCUUUUGGAACAAUAGCAAUUUGCUUGUACUUAAAGAUCAGAACAAGCAGUAAGAAACAAGACGAGCCAUUGAUCUCAGCAAGAGAGGCAUUGAACUACAGAUUAAUCUCUUACCAUGAGCUUGUUCGAGCCACCGGUAAUUUUAGUGAUGACAAUCUCAUCGGAUCUGGAAGCUUUGGCAAAGUCUUUAGAGGUCAGCUUGACGAUGGGUUGGUAGCUGCAAUAAAAGUCCUCGACAUGCAACAUGAAGGAGCAUCAAAGAGCUUUGACAUUGAGUGCCGUGCACUUCGCAUGGCUAGGCACCGGAAUCUAGUGAAGAUACUUAGCACCUGCUCCAACCUUGAUUUUAAAGCACUAGUCCUCCAGUACAUGCCAAAUGGAAGCUUGGAGAGGUGGCUGUCAUCCAGUGGUAACCAACCCUUGGAUCUUCUACAGAGAUUGGAUAUCAUACUAGACAUAGCAAUGGCAAUGGUUUAUCUGCACCACGAGCACUUUGAGGUAGUCUUGCACUGUGAUUUAAAGCCUAGCAAUGUGUUGCUGGAUCAAGACAUGGUUGCACAUGUCGCUGACUUUGGCAUUGCAAGAUUACUCCUUGGCGAUGGAAACUCCAUGGUUUCAGCAAGCAUGCCCGGAACAAUUGGCUAUAUGGCACCAGAAUAUGGCUUGACGGGGAAUGCAUCACGUAAGAGUGAUGUUUUCAGCUAUGGGAUCAUGCUUCUGGAGAUCUUCACAGGGAAGGGGCCCACGGAUCCCAUGUUCAAUGGAGAACGCACCCUGCGAGGGUGGAAAACAAAUGAUGGUUUUCAUGGUGCGGAUACCAAUACCUCUUGCGAGUCCUCCAAGAGACAAUACUGCUGCCUCGGUUCAAUAAUGGAGGAAACUAGAAGAUUUGGGCACAGUAUCUUGAAGCUAAGAAAAUUUCAUUACCAAGAAGCCUAUGCCAAGUUGCCAACUACUGACCCAAAAGGUGCUUCAUGA